CGGUGGUGCUGCUGCUGCGCUUCGCCCGACUGAAUUGGCUCCCCGGUCGGCGGUGUGGUGCUCGGUGUCCGGCAAUAGUAAUAAAAUAUGUAAGAAACCGGAAAAUGAUGAUGUUACCGUCGCCGUUUGUACUGUCGUUGCUGCUGUCGUUGUGCUCCGUCUGGAGCCCAUCGCGGUCCGAACAAACCGACAAUGUGUUGCACAUCGGUGGCAUAUUUCCCAUUGGCGGCAAAGGCGGAUGGCGGGGAGGUCAGGCUUGCGAACCCGCCGUGAGAUUGGCCCUGGAAGAUGUCAACAAAAACAGCGUACUGUCCGGCUAUCAGUUGAAGUUGCACUGGAACGACAGCGAGUGCGAUCCCGGAUUGAGCGCUUCGGUGUUGUACGAUUUACUGUACAACAAGCCACAAAAGCUAAUGUUAUUGGCCGGAUGUAGCACCGUUUGUACGACGGUGGCGGAAGCUGCGAAAAUGUGGAACUUGGUCGUGCUCUGCUACGGCGCCAGUUCACCGGCGUUGUCCGACCGGAAUCGUUUCCCCACGUUGUUCAGGACACAUCCGUCGGCCACCGUACACAGUCCCACCAGGAUAACGUUGAUGAAGAAAUUCGGAUGGUACAGGAUUGCCAUACUUCAGCAGACCGAAGAAGUGUUCAUUUCCACCAUGGAAGACAUAGAGACGCGUUGCAAGCAAAACGGAAUCGAAAUCAUUACUAGACAAAGCUUCCUGAGCGAUCCGACCGACGCCGUUAAGAACUUGCGCAGACAAGAUGCUAGAAUCAUUGUAGGACUGUUUUACGUUGUAGCAGCCAGGAAAGUGCUGUGCGAAAUGUACAAACAACAAAUGUACGGCAAAGCCUAUGUGUGGUUUUUUAUCGGUUGGUACGAAGACAAUUGGUUUGAAGUAAAUUUGGAAAAAGAAGGAGUCGAGUGCAGUAAAGAACAAAUGAGAAUCGCCGCCGAAGGUCAUAUCACAACCGAAGCUUUGAUGUGGAAUCAAAACACCAACCAAAAGACAGUUUCCGGAAUGACGUCAGAAGAGUUUCGCGAAAAAUUAGAAGAUGUGUUGAUGGCAGAAGGAUUUGCGCUCAACGGUAGUUAUCCAGAAGGUUACCAAGAAGCUCCGUUAGCUUACGACGCGGUCUGGGCCGUGGCUUUAGCUUUCAACAAAACCAUGAAAACGCUGGAGAAGCAAGGCAAGACGAUUUCGGAUUUUAACUACAACAACAAAGAGAUCGCCGACUAUAUAUACUCGGCUAUAAAUUCAACACAAUUUCUGGGAAUAUCCGGACGAGUGGCGUUCAGCUCUCAAGGCGACCGUAUAGCGUUGACGCAAAUCGAACAAGUAAUCGAUGGAAAGUAUGUGAAACUCGGGUACUACGACGUUCAGUCCGAUAACCUGACGUGGUUCGACAAAGAAAGAUGGAUUGGAGGGAAAAUUCCCCAAGACAGAACCGUCAUUCGCCGUGUGUUGCGCACAUUGUCUAUCCCCUUACUCAUCAUCACGUGGGUGAUAACGACAAUUGGAAUAAUCGUCGCGGUCAGUCUGAUCAUUUUCAACGUUCUCAAUCAUCAUCGACGGGUCAUUGCACAAUCGUACCCAGCAUGCAACACGAUCAUGUUGUCCGGUUGCGUGUUGAGCUUGAGCAGUAUCUACUUGUUCGGCCUGGACGGUCAGAUAGUAUCGCCGGCCGUAUUCCCCAACAUCUGCCAGAUCAAAACAUGGGUGCUUUCCAUAGGGUUCACGCUGGGCUACGGUGCAAUGUACAGCAAAGUUUGGCGUGUCCACAGGCUUCACACGAGCCAGAAGAAAAACGCCAUAAGGAAAGCGUUACAACCGUGGAAAAUGUAUUCCAUCGUGAUAUUCUUGCUGGCCGUCGACAUCACGAUUCUAUUCCUGUGGCAAUGCAUGGACCCGCUGGACCGUAGCAUACAAGUAUUUCCAUUGGAAAACCCUUUGAACAGCAACGACGACGUUAAGAUAAGACCCGAACUGGAACACUGCAAGAGCGAAAAUCAUAAUUUCUGGUUGAGUUUGACUUUGAGCUACAAAGGGUUGCUUUUGCUAUUCGGUCUGUUCGUUUCGUACGAAACCCGAAGCGUCAAGUUGAGGCAAAUAAACGAUUCUCGUUACGUCGGCAUGUCAAUCUACAACGUGGUGGUCACUUGUUUGAUAACAGCACCGGUGAUAAUAGUCACUGCGUCGCAGCAAGACGCCUGUUUUGCUUUUAUAUCAUUGUCGGUGAUUUUCUGUUGUUUUCUCUCGAUGGCUCUGAUUUUCGUGCCAAAAGUGAUAGAAGUGAUCCGGGACCCUCACGACAAACCGGAGUCCAAGUACAACCCUGACGCAGGAAUGUCCAAAGAAGACGAAGAUAAAUACAAACGUUUAAUCGAGGAAAACAAACAACUUGCAGCCAAAAUCAAAGAGAAAGAAGAAUGUUUGAAACAACUGAAAGCCGAUUUGGCCGGCUUAAGAGGCGACCCAGACAAGAACGAGUUGAAAUGGAACGACGAAUCGCAGCUCACCGAACAAUCGUUCUUGUCGCAGUCGGUAAAUAAAGAUACUUUAAUUGUAGCUGAUUUCAUUACUGGCGAAGGUACAUCGGAUUCGGCAUUCAUUGCUGGUACGGCCACUUCUUAUUCUAGAGCUAGUGCUUCAGACAUGGAAUUUUCCGAAUCUUACUUGUAAACUUUAUACGUGCACGACCUAAUCGUAUAAUAUUUUGAUCCCACCUAUAUUAAUUACUAUUAAGCAACUUCGACCAACUUGAAACUUAAUCAUUUUUACAUUAAACAGGGUGUUUUGAAAAGUUAGAAUUAUUUCCAAAGUAUCAUCAUUACUAUCAUCUUUAUGUGCCGGCUUUACCAACUCGUCUGCAGCUUUAAUAGUUUAGUAAUUAAACGCAGAAUGCCGUGCAAAGGUUGUACCGAUAUUACCACAAGCAUCAGAAAUGUCAAACUAUCGGCAAACUUUUUAAUUCUGAAUACAACAAAUAUCGAUUGAACAUACUUUAAUACCGCGUCAAAUUAUUUAUCAAUUUUCUCAAAAGUCUCUUUACAAUAUUAUUAUAUUUUCUUAUGAAUAAUAAUUGGAAACCAUUGAAAUGCAUUACUUUACCAUGGUAUUUUUUCCCAUCUCAUUCGUGGUCGUUGAGUAUAAUUUCUUAUGCACGCCACGUUGAAGCAUAGUACCAAAAAUUAUGUUUUUUAACCUAAGCCCUACCAAGUACAUCGUAUACGUUUGAAAAUUGGGUUUAAGUCGACCAAGCUCCUCGUGUAUUCGUAGAUAGAUAAAAUAUGUUGCAAUAUAUUCAUACACUAAAAGCAAUUGACCUAGAAGUUUAUUAUUAUUAUUAUUUUUUAUUUAAUUCCACCGAAGAUUGAUUUCUUAAUAAUAUUAGUGUACGUGUGUGCGGUGUUUUAAAUGUGUUACCACUUAUUAUUAUAAAAUAUACAUAUUUGUGUUUUAUGUACUAAAGUAAAUUUCAAUAAAACCUAAACAAGAGUACUCUACUACUUUGUUAAACCGUUGUUUCGUUGUCAUGGUUGAUUUGUACCUGUUACCUAUAAUAAUAAUAUGUUUACUGACUCUUGCCACUCAAUCUAUAUAGUAAGAAUAUUGACAAGACUAUUGUCUUUUACGAUUAUACGUACAUUUAUUUUGUAGAAUUUCACGUUGUGUUUAUUUUUAAAUAAAUAUUAAUCAAAUUGCUAAUAACAAUGGCGUUUUAUAGAUACACAUAAAAUAUAAUACGAUAAUAAUAUCAACGCAGCCGAAAUUAUUACCGUUAAAAAUU